AUGUCAAAUCGGAAGUGCAGUUACGCGGUACCAAGUGGUGAUACUAAUCAAUCACCACUUGAUCUUAGUUCCUCGCACUCUUCCAGGCUUCAUCAACCUGACAAGUCAAACAACGAUAUCUUCCUCAGACGAGAUCAUGACUUCGAAGUUCAGUCGCUCAGUGGAGAACCAUCGGGGACCAAAUCGAAUUAUACAUUGGCUCAACAGCAACCUAUACCGACUCACUACCCCGAAAACAAGGUGGAUCCUGCGCAGGAAUCAUCGACCGACGUCAACAUCGAUCAUAUGGAAUUACUUAUCCACUUGACGCUUGACAAUAACGUAAUCUGCCUCAGUCUUGGUGACGACGCCUUCACCAACCCUGUGUCUCUUUCCCUUGCACUGAAGGCGGGAUUGAAGUCAUCAUAUCUCCUGUAUGAACUACUCGCAAUUUCUGCACUUCAUUUGGCCUCCCUGAAUCCAACACGGUCAGAUCUUCACUGGCAUCAAGCUAUUACUCUGCAAAGCCGCGCACUGGCUAUGUUCAACUCAGAGUAUAAGGCAAUCAACGAAACAAAUUGCGUUGAUAUCCUCUUGUUUUCCUCCAUCCUUGGUCACCACCUUCUUGCCGACACAUUAGCGAAGCGGGACCCCGGCGGCCUCGAAGCCUUCAUGAGGAACUAUAUCCAUUGUAUUGAGAUUCAUCGAGGAAUUCACACAAUUGCUAUGACUGCCUGGCCGCAGCUGGUGAAGUCGGAGCUUGAACCUAUUCUCUCAGCAAGUUCGCGCUUUACAUCACGCUCGCCGAGAGGCUGCGAGUGCCAACGUAUUUUCGAGCUGGUAGAUACUUGCGAAGGAUUAGAUCACGACGGUAAAGAGGCUUGUCAGCUCAUGAUUCGACAUCUGCAAGUAGGCCUUGAUGCUGCCGCAACAGAGCAACAGCAAGGAUACAGACACUACAUGAUCUACACUUGGUUAAUGCUAGCUCCACCAAAGUUCAUUGAUUUGCUUUACGAGAGGAGACCAGAGGCGCUGAUAUUGUUAGCGUACUAUGCGAUUUUGCUGCACUAUGGUAGAAACAUGUGGCAAGUCAGGGAUGCAGGAGUGUAUCUUUUUAAGAUGAUUCGUGAUUAUCUUCACCCACAGUGGAAUGCAUGGUUGCAGUACCCACAGGAGCUGAUAUUAUCUGGUUAG